AGCGGGAUGGAGGCGGCGGUGGCUGCGGGGGACGCGGAGGAGGCGGCGACGGCGGCUGCGCUGGGACAGCGUUUGGCAGCGGGCGGGCAGGGCCAUGUGCUCCGCUUCUGGCCAGAGCUGGGCAGCGCGGCCCGGCGGGCGCUGGCGGCGGAGCUGCGGGACAUGGACGUGGCCGAGAUCAACCGGUUCUUCCUCCGCGCCCGCGGGAACGGCGGGGGAAAGGGUGCGGUAGCGGCGGCGGAGCUGGACGGGAGGAUGGAGCCGGUGCCGCGGGAGGUGUUGGGCAGCGCCUGCCGCGACCGUGGGCUGCUGCCUCGCUGGGAGAGCCGCGGGCUGGCGGAGAUCGCGGGGAGCCGGGUGGCCGCGCUGCUGCUGGCCGGCGGGCAGGGGACCCGUCUCGGCGUUCCCUACCCCAAAGGCAUGUGCGACGUGGGGCUGCCCUCCCGAAAGACCCUCUUCCACCUCCAGGCCCAGCGCCUGCGGCGGCUGCAGCAGCUGGCGGAGGAGCAGCACGGCAGCCCCUGCCACAUCCCUUGGUACAUCAUGACAAGCGGCCGCACAAUGGAGUCCACCAAGGAGUUCUUCCUGAAACAUCACUAUUUUGGCUUGAAAAAGGAAAACGUCAUCUUCUUUCAGCAAGGCAUGCUGCCUGCCCUGGGCUUUGAUGGGAAAAUCCUGCUGGAGGAGAAGGGCAAGAUUGCUAUGGCACCAGAUGGGAAUGGAGGUCUGUACAGGGCCCUGGGGGCCCAUGGCAUUGUGGAUGACAUGGAGAGGAGGGGUGUGCAGAGUGUCCACGUCUACUGUGUGGACAACAUCCUGGUGAAGGUGGCUGACCCCAGGUUCAUCGGGUUCUGCUUGGAGAAAGGAGCUGACUGUGGGGCCAAGGUGGUGGAGAAGACAAACCCCACAGAGCCAGUUGGUGUGGUGUGUCGGGUGGAUGGUGUCUACCAGGUGGUGGAGUACAGUGAGAUCUCCUUGGCCACUGCCCAGAAACGGGGCCCAGAUGGACGCCUGCUCUUCAAUGCAGGCAACAUUGCCAAUCACUACUUCACCACUGCCUUCCUGAAAGAUGUGGUCAACACUUAUGAACCCCAGCUGCAGCACCACGUGGCUGAGAAGAAGAUCCCCCACAUUGACAUUGCUACAGGGCAGCUGAUCCAGCCUGAGAAACCCAAUGGGAUCAAGAUGGAAAAGUUUGUCUUUGACAUCUUCCAGUUUUCCAAGAAGUUUGUGGUGUACGAGGUGCUCCGUGAGGAUGAAUUUUCUCCUUUGAAGAAUGCAGACAGCCAGAAUGGCAAGGACAAUCCCACCACAGCCAGGCAUGCCCUGAUGUCCCUGCACCACUGCUGGGUUCUCAAUGCUGGGGGACACUUUGUGGAUGAAAAUGGCACACGGAUCCCUGCCAUCCCUCGCUUGAAGGAUGCAAAUGACCUGCCAAUCCAGUGUGAAAUUUCUCCUCUUGUCUCCUAUGGAGGAGAAGGUCUGGAAAAGUACGUGAAGGACAGAGAGUUCCACACCCCUCUGAUUAUUGAUGAGGAUGGGAUCCACGAGCUGGUGAAGAAUGGGAUGUAGGAGCAGCACAGUGCUUGUCCCACCUCUCAGGCUGGGAAUUUGGACAGAUGAAGGUUGAUAGCUGUGACUGCCAGGGGCUGAUCCUGCUUGCUCUGCAGAGGAAAAAGUAACCUGCUCGGUUCUUGGCACGUUGUAUGCUUCUAUUUAUAUUUUAAUUUAAAAACCAAACACUUUGUGGAUUCCCCUUGCCAUGAAACACAGCUUUGGUGCUGCUCUCUGCACUCCAGGCUGUGGGCAUUUAUUUUUAAACGUGUAUAUAGUAGCAGUCAUUGUACAUGCAGAGGAUUUUUAUGGUACGGGGCUGGGGUUAAUCUUGAAUUUUUAUUUUUUUUCUCAAAAUCCACAUGACUAUUUUUUUUUUUAAUACUUUCCUUGUCAUUGCCCAUGCCCUCCCUUUUGCUCAUCCUUUGUACACUGCCCAACUGGAAGCAUCCAAUUAAACUCCCAGUCCCUCCUGUCUCA